ACGUAUAACUCAUGCGCCCGCUGCAUGUAAACAGUAAGUGGAAGCGAGAUGUGAAAGCGCAUUUAUUGUUAAUUUCUUCACUUCAGCGUGUUUAUAUAACAGCAAAUAGUAGCGGGAAUCAUUGAACUAAGUGUUUUAGAUUUUUUUUUCUCACUAUGUUUAGUUCUUAGCUUUUGAAGACUUGAGGACUUUCACUGGAAUUUAUUGUUUUGUGGACAAUGGAAGAUUUCUCUGGCUUGGCCCUGCCCCCUCUAUUUGGCGGUCACAUUCUUGAAGCCGAACUGGAGCCAGGUGGAGUGGAGCUCGGUCCAGGGGAGGUAGAAUUAGGCCCUGGAGGUGGUGAGAUUCUAGAUAGCGCCAACCCAGAGGAUGAAGAAAGAAGAGUGCUUGAUAAGAGGAAAUAUCUGGCGUUGAACAGACGUUGCAAAGAAAUUGAGCAGGUGAAUCACAAGAUCCUCGGCCGUCUACACCAAGUCCAGAGAUUGACUCGACGUUUGAAGAAAGAGAGGCGAUUCCUCAUGAAGACCCUAGAUGCUCACGGAGACGACUACAGGAAUGCGCAGCUCACCAUGCUGCUGGAGGAUGAUCCUGAAGCACCUUCGGAUGGCGCCACUGGAGUGGCGGAUGACCGGAUGAACGGCGUGUCAGGCACCGCCUCUUCUCCUGCUUUUCACCAUCCCUCAGGGCCCAAAAGGAGAAAGCAUGUGACGCCUAAGCAAGAGAAGGAUAAAGACCUACAAAAUGAAGCUGACAUGUCAGUGCUGUCGGACUUGCAGUUUGGAGAAAUGCCCAGCCCGACCUCUCUGUCGCAUUGAGCAUUGUAUAAACGCAUUAAUAAAUACAUGUAUGUACAGUAUAAAACGUAAAUUGUGAAGGAACUCUGAAAGGUUUGUAGCAAGUAGUAUUUUGUACUGUUUUGAUUUUUGUGUUGUGAGACAAUAUCUCAUAUAAACUGAUUAUGUUGCCCAUGACGGCGCUAGAUGUCCGAUCCAUUUGAACUUGGAGUGAUGGCAGCGAUCAGGUAUAGGCACCCCUGCAGUUCUGUCAGAUAAUGCUCAAUUUCUCCCAGAAAAUGAUUGCAAUUAACAAUACUUUGGGAGUAAUAUCUUCAUUUAUUUUGCUUACAAUGAAAAAAACACAAAAGAGAAUGAAUUAAAAAAAACAAAACAUUAUAAUUUUACACAAAACUACAAAAAUGGGCCGGACAAAAGUAUCGGCACCAUCAGCCCAAUACUUGGUAUCACAACCUUUAGACAAAAUAACUGCGAACAACCGCUUACGGUAUCCAUCAAUAAGUUUCUUACAAUGCUCUGCUGGAAUUUUAGACCAUUCUUCUUUGGCCAACUGCUCCACGUCUCUGACAUUUGAAGGGUGCCUUCUCCAAACUGCCAUUUUCAGAUCUCUCCUCAGGUGUUUUAUUGGAUUCAGGUCUGGACUCAUUGCUGGGCACUUUAGAAGUCUCCAGUGCUUUCUCUCAAACCAUUUUCUCGUGCUUUUUGAAGUGUGUUUAUGGUGAUUGUCUUGCUUGAAGACCCAUGACCUCUGAGGAAGACCCAGCUUUCUCACACUGGGCACUACAUUAUGCUACAAAAUUUGUUGGUAGUCUUCAGACUUCAUAAUGCCAUGCACACAGCAAAGCAACCCCAAAACAUCAGGGAACCAUGUUUGACUGUGGGGACCGUCUUCUUUUCUUUGAAGGCCUAGUUUUUUCCCCCUGUAAACUCUAUUGAUAUCUUUUCCCAAAAGGCUUUACUUUUGUCUCAUCAGACCAGAGAACAUUCUUCCAAAACGUUUUUUGGCUUUCUCAGGUAUGUUUUGGCAAAGUCCAGCCUGGCUUUUUUAUGUCUCUGGGUCAGAAGUGGGGUCUUCCUGGGUGUCAUACCAUAGAGUCCCUUUUUUUUUUAGAUGCUGACGGAUUGUACGGGUUAACACUGUUGUACCCUCGGACUGCAGGACAGCUUGUUUAGAUGUUAGUCGAGGUUCUUUAUCUACCAUAUGCACAAUCUUUUGUUGAAAUCUCUCGUCAAUUAUUUUUUUUCAAUCCACAUCUAGGGAGGUUAGCCACAGUGCCAUGGGAUUUACGCUUAUUGAUGACACUGCGCACGGUAGAUACAGCAACAUUCAGGUCUUUAGAGACUUAUAGCCUUGAGAUUGCCCAGCUUCCUCACAAUUAUGCUUCUCAAGUCCUCAGACGGUUCUUUGGUCUUCUUUCUUUUCUGCAUGCUCAAUGUGGUACACAUAAGGACACAGGACAGAGGUUGAGUCAACUUUAAUCCAUUUUAACUGGCUGCAAGUGUGAUUUAGUUAUUGCCACAACCUGUUAUGUGCCACAGGUAAGUAACAGGUGAUGUUAAUUACACAAAUGAAGAGAAGCAUCACAUGAUUUUUCAAAGGGUCCCAAUACUUUUGUCCGGCCCAUUUUUGGAGUACCAAAGCAAUUUUAAUUGCAAUCAUUUUCUGGGAGAAAUUGAGCAUUAUCUGACUGAAUUGCAGGGGUGCCAGUACUUUUGGCCAGCAGCGUCUGAUCAAAUUUAUUUUAUGUAAAACACCUACCACUACUACCAUUAAUAUUAAUUGGUUAAAUAUUAAUGGAGAUCGAGAGUAUGAGACAGAGCAAAUGUGUAUGACUCAUAUCAUUAUUUGCACAUCAUACACACACACACACACCCACCCUUACUUAACACAGAAAGUCCCCAGAGAGCAAAAACACAGGCUGUAUUAUGAAAAUGUUGUUUUGAAAAGAUGUUUACAAUGGUGGACAAUUUUACAAAAGUAGGCUACUGGUAGAGAGGAAACUAGUUAGCUGUCUUAGCAUGCUAACUAGCGAUGUUAUCUGCUCGUUAACAAGCUUACAGUAUUUGUUUUACCAUCGCUAGACAUACUAAACACGCUACAGUGAACUCUGGUAGCUGGUGGGAAACGUUCAUGACAGCGUUUACUUUUCUUAAAUUUUCUCGUAAAUGUGAAAUCAUGUGUUGCUUCCCCUCACAACCACCCUCCGCGAGCAUGUCGGCUGUCCUUCCUCCUCUAAGCCGCGCCCGUUUCUUUUCUGUUCAAGUUCAAGUUUAUUGUCCCCUAAGGAGGGGAGUACUUUCGAUAGCCGAAGUACUCCCAUACUACCA